AUGGCCGCCAAGCUCCAGUUUCUGAAUAACCUGCCACGAGAAAUCUGGCUCUCUAUUAGAGAUCUUGUUCUUCCAUCAGCUUCUGCAAACGAACUUAAAAUAGCUCCGGCAUUAUGGAGUAGCAUAUUCAAAAGCGACCGCUGGCUUAACAUGGCAACGAGAGAAUUCAAAUGUAGCCCGAUUCUUAUCGGCUGUGACCUGAGUGCUUUUCGACCUCACAGGGUUUCAAAUCGAAUUUACCUUGCUCUUAUUGCAAAUGACUAUUCUGGAGAUCUGAGGUUUCACCAGGAUGAGCUUCUGGAGACUUUUCAAGAUGGCGCCAAGUUUGACGCUGACACCUACGAGGUGAAGCUUCCGUCAGGGAUUGUGGUUAAUAUCUACGAGGUCAUUACUGGAUCUGAGACCGCUGAACUACCAUUAGAAAAAUUAUUCUCUCGCGAGAAAUCAGGUGUGCACACCGAGUAUUGCUUCUAUACCAAAAAGGUUAUAGGAUCACUUGGACCUGCAGACAUUAUUGGACUUCAUGGGCCCUCUCACAAAUGGCGGGAUUUUAAAUAUGGUGGUGCUAUCAGGGUGCCAUAUGGCGGCAAGGUCAAGCAAUAUUUCAUACAGGCAAAAGGAAAGAGGGAACUGUGGGUAGUGAAACGGGACGAUGAGUCGAAAUUAGUUUCGUCUUUCUCAAAAGAGCCCAGGAAUGAGCAGGGAUUACUGUAUUAA